CUCACUUACAAUUAGGUAUUCUUAUCAUUGUAAUGUGUGUUAUGAGCGGAGUAACUUCUCAUACUGAUUAAGAAAAGGUGCAAAGAAACACGUGCAUUAAAUGGUUUGGGUGCUAUGAAUACAUUUUUUUUAAAUUAAAAUGAAUGGUGCUCAAUUUAUGAAAGAAAUAGCCAAUCAAAAGAUGAUUGAUAACAUAGAGUUACGAUGACUUAUAAUUCUUAUUAUGCAUUGAAGUAUCUGGAACAAGAAACUAAACAGAAGAUCAAUCGCGAAAUUGAUCAUUUUAUAAGUGAAGUGGUUAAUGAGGUCACCAAGAACGAAUCAAAUGUUAAACAACUCACAAACAUUUUUAACAACAAUUAUGAAAUCACAGAUAAAGUGAAAGUUUUAAACGGGCGCCUUCCAGAAAAAGUUUUUGUGUGUAGAAAUUCUCUCUUAAGUGAUCUGUACACUAUAAAACACAUAAGGACGAUUUAUCAUAUUUUUAUAGCAUUAUUUGUAGGACAAUGCAUACACAAUGCAGUAGAAGACUAUUUAAGUAGUGGACAAAUAUUGAUAGGAACCGACAAGAUAUUUAAUGGUUUGGCAAAGUUUGAUGUAGCCGCUACUUUAUGGAUAACGAUGUUUUUGUUAACAUUAGCAAAUUACGUGUUUUUUGUUUGUUGGAGUAAUAUUAGGAUAAACAUAUUUCCUAAUACCCUAAAGCUUAAGAUGUGGGAUUGCGUUUGGAUUGGCUCUCUAAUAUGCUACUACAUAUCAUUUUUCUAUUAUUUUACUAACGCCGUAUUCAAUAACAAAUUUCCACCACCAACUGCUAUUAUAGUUUUAAUUGAAUCGGUAAGACUGACAAUGAAAAGUUAUGCGUUUAUUAGGAGUAAUGUACCGAGAGUGCUAAAUUAUAAAUCACACAGUGAAAAGGAGAAUCCUUGCCCUUCGUUUUCUAAAUUUUUAUAUUUUUUAUUUGCUCCAACGCUAAUAUACAAAGACAACUAUCCGAGAACGCGUACUAUAAGAUGGAAGGCGGUUUUCUUUUACGCGAUAGAAUUCACGAGUAUUAUACUUUUCAUCAGUUUCUUCAUGAAUCGAUAUUUUCUUUCGGUUUUCCAAGACUAUGGUAAAGGCCCAAUACCUUGGAAAGAAGUUGCCCUUCAUACAUUAGGAAACUUACCAGCUGGUGGGGCAUUCAUGUUAUGUGGUUUUUAUAUUCUUUUACAUGUUUGGUUGAAUGGGUUCGCAGAAAUAUUGACCUUUGGAGACCGAAUGUUUUAUAAGGAUUGGUGGAAUUCAACAUCUUAUGGGCCUUACUAUCGAAAAUGGAAUGUUGUAGUACACGACUGGUUAUACACUUACAUAUACAAGGACAUGUACGAAAAUGUUUUACCAAAAAACAGAUUUGUCCCAAAACUGUUUGUAUUUUUUGUCUCUGCUCUAGUUCACGAAUACAUUUUAAGUGUAGCAUUCGGAUUCUUUUUUCCGAUAUUAUUUUUAGAAUUUUUUGUAAUUGGAGUGACCCUUGUGUUUCUUACUUUCGGGGGAACUUUUCAUGGAAAUAUAUUUCUCUGGUUCACGAUACCAUUCGGAGCCUGUUUGGCAAUAAAUAUGUAUUGCAUCGAAUAUUUUGUUAGACAAAACUGCCCAAUAGAAAAUGCAACUGCUACUGAUUUCUUUAUUCCUCGAUUAUUAACUUGUAAACAAUUAUAAACAGUAUUUUUAAUAUCACAACUUACACUAAUCAGGUACUUGAGCCUUUUUUAUAAUCUAAUAUAUGUACAAAUUAUUUAAGUUUUUAAUCAAUAAAUUAUACAAUACUUCUACGUA